AUUAGGAAUUGUCGACGCAAAAACUGUGCAUGUCUCGAGCUGUGGUGGACAACAAUAAAGUUACAUUUCUUUCGAUGUUCCAGUUUAGCUGAAAAUGAAUACAUCAGAACAAGCAUCGUUAUUGCUGAAAAGACAGCUAUUGGAUUUAAAUAAACAACCUGUGGGUGGAUUUUCUGCUGGACUUGUAGAUGAUGAUGAUCUUUUCAAAUGGGAGGUGGUGGUCAUAGGACCUCCUGAUACAUUCUAUGAGGGUGGAUACUUCAGAGCAAAUUUAAAUUUUCCCAAGGAUUACCCGCAGAAGCCACCUAAAAUGAAAUUUAUCUCAGAGAUUUGGCAUCCGAAUAUUGGCAAGGAUGGUGAUGUAUGUAUCUCAAUACUCCACGAUCCCGGUGAAGACAAGUGGGGUUACGAGAGGCCUUCAGAACGCUGGUUACCAAUCCACACAGUCGAGACCAUACUCAUCAGUGUAAUUUCAAUGUUAGCAGACCCCAACGAUGAAUCACCCGCAAAUGUAGAUGCUGCUAAAGACUGGAGGUCAGACUACCAUGGGGCCUUCAAGGCGAAUGUGAAACGGUGUGUGAGAAAAAGUCAGGAUUUGAUGUAAAGCUUCGAAAAUCUUUAUAUAUUUCUUUUCUCUAACCUGAAGGUUAUGUUACUUCAGUGCAUACCACAGAAAGAGAAACAUUGACAAAAUAACCUAGAUCCAAAUUUUAGGUUUGGAAAGGACAAAUAGGGAUAUGUUUUGGACUGAUAUGCUGCUACUGGAAGAGAUGUUUUAUGAAGUAGGGAUUGGCAAGAGGAUCCCUGCAUUGGUGCACCAAAGUGUGUCUAGAUACCUGGCCUUAUCAACUUGAUCAUCACGGAAGGAUACAGAUGACAUACUUGUGCACAAUAGCCAGUCUUCUAGUAUGUAUAGAUC